AUGGAAAAUCCAAGAGAGACUCACUUGUUGGCUGCUAAAAGAAUUCUCAAGUAUUUGCAAGGUAUGAAUGAUCUAGGCAUUUUGUACAAAAAAGGAGGAAAAUCAUAUUUAAUUGGCUUCACAGAUAGUGACUUUCCUGGAGACAAAGAUGAUAGGAAAAUCACAUCCGGUUAUGUUUUUAUGUUAGGAUCAGGUGCUAUUUCAUGGUGUUCCAAAAAGCAGCCAAUUGUUACGUUGUCAACUACAAAAGCACAAUUUGUCGCAGUAACUAUGUGCGCCAGUCAAGGAAUCUGGUUGAAGAAUAUUCUAGCUGAACUAUGUCUUCUUCCACAAAAGCCAACUCUAAUUUACUGUGAUAAUGAUUCAGCGAUUAAGCUUUCCAAAAAUCCAGAUUUGCACGGAAGGAGCAAACACAUUGAUGUGAUGAGAUUGAGAAUGAGUAAAGAUACAACUGUUCAGGAUCAUCAAGAGGCACUUCGUUGA